AUGGUCAGUCCAGGAAGACGCUUGAGGCAAUUACUUUUGACUUUUGAUGAUAUGAUGAAUAACGGACAAUACCCAAUUCAUGCCAAUGUACCUGGUAACGAAUAUGGACAAGAAUCAGUAGGGACUUUCAUAGUGAGUCGUUAUUAUAAUGAUAGACCUACUUAUUAUGCAUUAGAUUGUGAGAUGGUGCUAAUGCAAAACAAUACAAGACAAGUUGGUCGUGUAUCGCUGGUUGAUAGAGAUGGUGACGUUGUUAUAGAUGAAUAUGUUAGACCAAGAGGACCUAUUAAAAGUUUGUUAACUCAAUAUAGUGGUAUUACAAGAGCAGAUAUGCAAAAUGCAAGAUAUACUUUGGGACAAAUACAAGCUAGAUUAUUAGAUAUUGUUGGUGAGGAUGAUAUUCUUAUUGGUCAUGCUAUUCAUAAUGAUUUAAAAGUGCUUAGAUGGAAACAUCCAUUGAUUGUUGAUACAGCUGAUGUGUUUUGGGGUGAUGGAAUCAAUAAUCAACCUCCUUCCUUAAAGAAAUUAGCAGCAAUGUAUUUUGACAUAAAUAUACAGAAUGGACCUCAUGAUUCUGUUGAAGACGCAAGAGUUGCUUUAGAUUUAGUUAAAAUGGAAAUGUUCAAUUAA